CAAGCCACCAAUGAAAUUCGUGUAGUUUACGGAGACGAUGCUGUAUCAGGUCAUCUAGCACAACAAUGUUUCGCUCGUUUCUGUUCUGGAAAUAAGAAAUGCCAUAUCAACAACAAAGGACGUUAUAAACUUUUUUCGCGAAUCAACCACGCGAAGGAACUGUGCGCCUACUAUAUCACGUUUGUGUGAAACCAGAUGGUCGGAAAAAUAUAAGGCAGUAAGAAAGUUUUCUGAAAAUUUUCCUGAAAUUGUUGAAGGACUGAAAAAAUUAUCCACAGAUGGAAACCAUAGCACAAGAAAGAGUGCAUACCAGCUUCAUUCAGCAGUGACAAAAUCGGUUUUAAUCGUUUCCCUAAUGACAAUUGCAAAAUACUCUGCAUUACUGGAACCAACAGUAAAUAUUUUGCAAACGAAAGCAAUCGUUAUGAUUGCAGUAGGUGAGCAUAUUGAAAAAAUUAUUGAGGUAAUUGAAAACGAUCGUAGCAAUGCAGAGCAAGUAACGAAUGAACUCCUUGCACAAGCGCGAAGAGUUGCAACUGUGCUAGAUAUAGAAUUAUCUUUACUGCGUUUAGCUGUAAAACAAAAACAUAGAAGCAAUCCUCCAUCAAACAACGAAGAUGAGUACUGGCGACGCUGUAUUGUGAUUCCAUAUCUUGACUCCUUAACAGCUUCGUUUAUAUGCUCAAAAGUUCAAUUGAAGCCGUUUUUGAAAACUCGAAACAAUUCGAAAAGCAUUACGAUUUAGAUGUCAGCAAUGAAUUGAAACUUUGGUACAAUUUAUGGAAAAAUAA